UGUGCCCCGCCCCGCGCCGAGUCGCCCUUCUCGUUCCAGAGACCUCCGCUCGGGCCGCGCCGCGCCGCCGAUGGUGCUACCUGGGAGAGCAAUGGCCACUUUCCGUUUGGCCCUCAUCCAGCUUCAGGUUUCUUCCAUCAAAUCAGAUAACCUCGCUCGAGCCUGCAGCCUGGUCCGGGAGGCAGCAACACGAGGAGCAAAAAUCGUUUCUCUGCCGGAAUGCUUUAAUUCUCCAUAUGGCACGAAAUAUUUUCCUGAAUAUGCUGAGAAAAUUCCUGGUGAAUCCACAGAGAAGCUUUCUGAAGUAGCAAAGGAGUGUGGCAUAUAUCUCAUUGGAGGUUCCAUUCCUGAAGAAGAUGCUGGGAAAUUAUAUAACACCUGUACCGUGUUUGGGCCUGACGGAACUUUACUGGUAAAGUACAGAAAGCUCCAUUUGUUUGACAUCGAUGUUCCUGGGAAAAUUACAUUUCAAGAAUCUAAAAUACUCAGUCCUGGUGAUAGUUUCUCCACAUUUGAUACUCCUUACUGCAGAGUGGGCCUGGGCAUUUGCUACGACAUGCGCUUUGCAGAGCUCGCACAGAUCUACGCACAGAGAGGCUGCCAGCUGUUGGUAUAUCCUGGAGCUUUUAACAUGACCACUGGACCAGCCCACUGGGAGUUGCUUCAACGAGGCCGGGCUGUUGAUAAUCAGGUGUAUGUGGCCACAGCAUCUCCCGCCCGGAAUGAUCAGGCCUCGUACAUUGCCUGGGGACACAGCACUAUUGUGAAUCCUUGGGGGGAGGUCCUUGCCAAAGCUGGCACCGAAGAGACAGUCGUGUGUUCAGACAUAGACCUGAAGAAGUUGGCUGAAAUACGCCAGCAAAUCCCCAUUUUUAGCCAGAAGCGAUCAGAUCUCUAUGCAGUGGAAGAGAAAAAGCCCUAAGGUUUAUGUUUCUAACAUGUCAUGAAACAGCCUGAUAUGUUUCUGCAACGUAAUCUACUCCCUGCUGAAUUCUUUAAAGAGAUCUUUUUUUUCUUUCUUUUUUUUUUUUUUUCCAAGUUCAGCUUUUUCCCUUCCUGGGAACUCUCUAAUGAGAUGAUGGAGCAUCAAUCAGCACGUGGUAUUUUUCACCCCUUAUUAAAUAGUUAAAAAGAACUCAGGCUGGCAUUGAGAGCAGGAGGAAGAGGGGAAGACUAGGUACCUUCCUUGCUAAGUUGUCUCAUAGUAGUUGGUGAAGGUAUCAGACCUUGGUAUCCAGGGUGAUUCACCUGGUACGGAUUUGUGUCACUACACGCCUCUUAUCUCAUUGCUGGAGUUGGAAUCUGCUAUGUAGAAAACUUGGUCCGGUGCUGCACUUUUUCAAGCAGGAUGUUAAAGUUAGAGUUUUCGUCUGUGGUAGCUGUGGGAAGCAAGGUGAUGGACCGCUGGUGUUUGCUAGAGGAGAUGGCAGCCCCAGUCCUUCCUAGCAGCCUGGGGAGUCUUCAGGUUCAAGAAGGAGCUAAGGGGUCAAGCCCAGACCCUCCUGAUCUCAGGGGAGAGGCUGUGUCGGCAGCGAGUCCCGUGGGAGAAUGGCGGUGGUGGCAUUUAGUCAAGACAACUAAAGAGGAGUCUCGGCGAAAGGUUUUCCUGAUGGGGGUGAAUGUCUGAAAAUCUUUUUGUUUUUCUCCCUAGUAAAAUUUUCUAGCUUGAUAAAGACAAAUUUUUAGCCUAGUGGUUUUCAGAAUCAUUUUGCACAAUUAAAAAUUAAGAAUUCCAA